AUGGCCGGAUCGCAGCUCAAGCAGCUCAAGGAAGCGCUCAAGGCGAAAGGCCUCGUGGGCCAGACGAACGUCAAACGCAAGAAUAAGAAAAACGCACCCUCCGAAACCAGAAAAGACCAGGAGGAAAAGCGCAAGGAGAUCAGCAAGAUCCGGGACGAGUUCAACAAGUUUGACCAGCGUAUCAACCGGUCGAAACACGAUUUCACCGUCAUUUCCGGGGGCAAGUUUGUCAAGGCGGGCUCAAAGCAACACAAUGACUCGUCCAAAACGCAUUCCUCCGUGGAAAAGGCCAUGCGGUUGGAUUACGACGCCGAGAAAAAGGUCAAGAACCGGGUCGGCGGGGUCAUUGACCGCAGAUUUGGAGAGAGCAAUCGCCACAUGACCCAGGAGGAGAAAAUGUUGCAGAGAUUCACGCGGGAAAGACAGAGUAGUUCAAAAAAGAACGUCUUUUCUUUGGGCAGUGAAGACGAGUACGACGACGAUGACGCCGACGGUGGGUUUGCCCUCACACAUUCGGGCAAAAAGCUUGCUUUUGCCGACAACGACACCCUCGCCGACGAAGGCUUGGGUGCGGCCUCGGAGAAGCGGUUCGUGGACGAGGACAGUCUCACGGACCAGCCUGCGCGCAAGAAAUCCAAGAAGGAGGUCAUGGCCGAGGUCAUUGCCAAGUCGAAGUUCUACAAAAGACAGAGACAGGCUGCGUUUGAGAAAGCACAGGACGAGAUCAUGGACUUGGACGACGACUUUGCGGACGUGAUGGGCGAAAUCCACUCGCAGCGCAAAAGCAACCAGAGCAUGACCGCCAAGUCCAAGCAGGAUAUCGACUACGAUGCCAAGGUGCGUGAGCUCACGUACGACCGAAGAGCCGUGCCCGCGGACAGAACGAAGACCGACGAGGAGAUCGCCAAGGAACAUACUGACAAGAUGAAGAAGUUGGAGGAGGACCGCAUGAAGAGAAUGACUGGAUUGCAGGACCAGGGCGAGCAGGACGCGGAUGACUUGGGCGACGAGUUCUGGGCCGGCAGCGGGGAUGAGGCUGAGGGCGUGGCUAUAAAUGAUGGAAGCGAGGCCGAAGACCACGGCUCAAGCGAUGGAAGCGAAAGUGAGGGGGCCGAAGACGAUGGGCCGUAUGCCCGCAGGCUCAAAAAGGCAUCUGCCCCGCCAGUCUCGAUGCCGGGCUCGCACGUGGAGCUCGCUUCCCAGACGCAAGACAUGGACACACAGCAGACACUUGCCCAUGUCAAGAAGAUUCUCGCGCUAUAUGAUCCACGUCUAGCGCAGGGAAACAAGGAGAAAACCGAUGUCUUUGUGGGCAUUCUCUUCGAGCACAUCUUGGCCGUGGGCAACCAGCCCGACGCUCCCUCACAGAUGGUGGAUUCGCUCACGCACUUGUUGAGGACAUUGGCCGAGAGAUACAACGAGGCCCUUGUCGAGGUGAUCCGCGCCACCAUGGCCGAGGUCGAAGAGCGGGUGGUCAAGGCGCAGUUGCAGAAAAAGGACAUUGUGUUUUUCGUGGUGUUGGGCUACGUGUUCUCGACGUCCGACCACUACCAUUUGGUGGUCACGCCGGCGUUGAUUCUCUUGAACCAGUACUUGAGUGCGUGCAUUGGUGUGCGCGACGACUUGACAGUCCAGCAGUUGGGCCAAGGCGUGCUCGUCUGUGAGAUCUUGCUAAGCUACCAAUCGUUCGCCAAGAGAUUUGAUCCCGAGGUCGUCAAGUUCUUGGAACGUUGCUUGGUUAGCCUCUUGCCGGUACAGGCCCCAAUUGAAGGCACUCUCUCGGGCGGAGACUGCAAGUCCAGGCUCAAGCUCAGCAAGACUUACAAGCCAGAGCCGCUCGAAGAUACGCCCAUCAGAGUGCAGGCAUUGUUCGAGAGCCCCACGGACGAGGCCUUGCUCAAGUUCCAAUUGAUUGGCAAGGCGCUCGCGCUCAUGGAUCAAUGCGUUGGAUUGUGGAAGGAGAAGUCUGCGUGCAUCGAGCUCUUGCGCUCGUUCAAUGCCAUCAUGAAGGUGGCCGCCCGGUUCUACAGCGGGCAGUUGCCGAGAUUGGGCGAGAUGAUGGCGAGGUACAGCAAGCUUCUUGGGAACCAGGUGCAGAGCCGCCGGCCGUUGACGUUGCAGGAGCACAAGAAGAUGUCGAUCAAGACGUUUGCGCCGAAAUUCGAGGAGAACUUCAACCCCGACAAGAAGUCGUACGACAUCAACCGCGAGAGACAGGAGUUGAACAAGGUCAAGGCACAGGUCAAGAAGGAGACGAAGCUGGCGUUGAAAGACAUCCGGAAACAGACCAAGUUCGUGGCCAGGCAGCAGAUCGAAGAGAAGAAGGAGAUGUACUCGGACUACCACCGCAAGAUGGCCAACAUCGUCAACUCCAUCUCGACGGUGGAGGGUGCGGAGAAGAACCAGUACGAGAGAGAGAAGAAGAAGCGCCAGAACCAGCGCUAG